AUUCUUUGAACUUCAUUUAGUUUGUUUCGGAGUUUGAAAUGAUUGUGAACGGGAAAUAUUUACAAUGAUAAGUAGCUAUUACAGUAUUUUUAUUCAUUCUUAUCGGCCAGUUAUAAUUUUAUGUGUGAGGUUCAAACAUUAAACGACAAUUUGUAAAUGCUGGAUGUGAUUUAGUGAUUUUUUUAAUUCGAAAUUUCGAUGUGCGAAAGAUAGCUCGUAAAACUAUGAAGAUAUCUACAAAACUCUACCUAAUAGUAUUUAUGUGCGCAUUUAUAAUAUUAGUACAAUAUCAUUUUUACAAUCCUUGGAUCUUAUAUACUAUUUCAAACAAAGACAUUCGACCAGAAAUCAUUGUCAGAAAACUGCAUAUGCCGUGCUCUAACUAUAACUUAGCUGCUUCAGAUGGAUCUGAUGUACCUCCACUUUAUAUCAUUACUCCUACUUAUAAAAGACCGGAACAGAUAGCUGAACUUACCCGACUUUCUCACACUCUAAUGUUAGUACCGCCAAACCUGACGUGGCUAGUGAUAGAAGAUGCCUACGAAACUAACGAUCUUGUAGAAGAAGUACUGAAGAAGUCCAUGUUGAAAUACUAUUAUUUAAUCGCGCCAAUGCCUGCCCAGUACAAGAACAAAACUAAAGGGCCUAAACCUAGGGGAGUGUCGAAUAGGAACAAAGGCAUCGAAUGGAUAAGAGAAAAUGCAAAAACUGGAGUUUUUUACUUCGCAGAUGAUGACAAUACUUACGAUUUGGAAUUAUUUAAUGAUAUAAGAUAUACGAAAAGAGUUUCCAUGUUUCCCGUUGGAUUAAUAACCAAAGCUGGAGUGAGUUCGCCAAUAGUGAAACACGGGAUAUUCACGGGUUUCUACGACGGUUGGAUUGGUGGCAGGAAGUUCGCAGUGGACAUGGCAGGUUUCGCCGUUUCCGUGGAGUUUCUACAAAAACGCCCCAAAGCUAAGAUGCCUUUCAAACCAGGUUUCGAAGAGGAUGGAUUUCUGAAAAGUCUGUCCCCGUUCGAACCCAAAGAUGUUGAGUUACUGGCAAAUAAUUGUACAAAAAUAUUGGUAUGGCACACUCAGACAAAGAAAAAUGGAGCCUCGUUGCCUCUAGAUAUGGUUAAACAUAAUAAUACUAACCUCGUAAUGCUCAAAAAACUCCUAGUCUAGUCAGACGUUGUUUAAAGUUUUGAAAUUUAAUGCAAAUUACAUUACUUAUGAAAGUGAUCACGCUAUAUAAUGGCAUUGUUUAAAAAAGUCCAUUUUUAACUUGUACAUAUCGCAUAAAGUAAUUUAUUUUUUUUUAUAAAACAAAUAUAAUUUUUAUGUUCAGUACGUGAGAAAAAAAUAUGGUUGAACAUAAAAACUCACGUCAGUUGUUUUUAAAUUCGUUCUCGUUACUAUUUAUUUAUAAAUUAUUUUUUUACUGACUGCAAGUUUUUAGGUUAAAUUUUAAAGGGGUCGUGCAUCGUGUUAACUUGUGCACAAAAAUACUUUCUCGAAUCAUUCACCAAACUUUCGUUUUAAAUAAUGAAACCACAGUUAAUUACUGAACGCAUCAGAGUAUGUGUCAAAUGUAAGAAAAAAACUGUUUGGUAUUUCACAGAAUUUGUCCAGUUAAAAUGAAUUUAAUGUAUGUGCGUGAAAGACAUGAGUUCGAAUACCGUUGUUAUUUUAAAUGUUAUUAAAAGUUUUUAUGUAAAAUGCGCCUGGGUGCAUUACCCCUUUAAGAAAUAUCAUGGAAACAUGAUUGUGAUACUCGAAAUAUAUUAAUAUUAUAUCAAUGCAAUAUUUACUGCAUUAAUUAAUACCAUAUCCCAUUUUAAUUUUAGUUGUCUAGAAUGGGGCUGUGGAUGAAUUUUAUACCUACACUAAGUUUAAGGUAAUGCAAUAUACACAAUCAUGUAGAUAUUAAAAUAAAUAUAUUUAUUGCAACGA